AUUAUAUUCAAACACGAUUGAAGUAAAAGACGGAAAUCCGCGAAGCUGGCGACUGGAGACGCCAUUUUUUCCGAUGGCGGCGUCGGCUCUAUCUCCUCCCGAAGUUCCAAUGGAGCUCCACGUCUCCAACCGCGAGAAGCUCCUCCAAUCCAUCCGGCAUCAUCUUGCCGAAACUUCUCGUCCCUUACAAGGCUUCGUCCUUCUUCAGGGAGGUGACGAGCAGACUCGCUACUGCACCGAUCAUUUGGAGCUCUUCAGACAGGAGAGUUAUUUCGCUUAUUUGUUUGGAGUUGUGGAGCCUGGCUUCUAUGGGGCUAUUGACAUUGCUACAGGGAAGUCUAUCCUCUUUGCUCCGAGGUUACCUGCGGAGUAUGCUGUUUGGAUGGGGAAAAUCAAGUCAUUAUCUUACUAUCAGGAAAGGUACUUAGUUACCGAGGCAUACUAUACGGACGAAAUUGUAGAAGUUCUGCUUGACCGGAGCAAGGGUGUUGGGAAACCAUUGCUGUUUCUACUACAUGGACUCAACACUGAUAGCAACAAUUACUCAAAGCCGGCAGAUUUUAAGGGAAUGGAAUCAUUUCAAACUGACGUGAACGCUUUGCAUCCUAUUUUAACUGAAUGCCGUGUUAUCAAGUCAGACCUGGAGCUUGCUGUAAUUCAGUUUGCCAAUGACAUCAGCUCUGAGGCUCACGUCCAGGUCAUGAGAAACAUUAAACCUGGAAUGAAAGAGUAUCAGUUGGAAAGUACAUUUCAACACCACACCUACAUGUAUGGUGGUUGUCGGCAUUGCUCAUACACGUGCAUCUGUGCUACUGGUGAAAACAGUGCUGUUCUACACUACGGUCAUGCAGCAGCCCCAAAUGACAGGACCUUGCAAGAUGGGGAUAUGACAUUGUUUGAUAUGGGAGCUGAAUACCAAUUCUAUGGUUCUGAUAUAACUUGUUCGUUUCCUGUGAAUGGCAAGUUUACAAGUGAUCAGUCUUUAAUUUACAAUGCUGUCCUUGAUGCACACGAUUCUGUCAUCUCUGCUAUGAAGCCAGGCGUCAGCUGGAUUGACAUGCACAAGUUGGCAGAGACAGUAGUCCUUGAUUCGCUGAGAAAGGGUGGCAUUAUUGUUGGUGAUGUAGCUGAUAUGAUGGCUGAGCGAUUUGGUGCAGUUUUCAUGCCUCAUGGUCUUGGGCAUUUCCUUGGAAUUGACACUCAUGAUCCGGGUGGCUACUUGAAGGGACUGAAGAAACCAACAGAACCUGGGUUACGCUCUUUACGUACCAUCAGAGAACUCAAAGAAGGAAUGGUGAUCACAGUGGAGCCAGGAUGCUAUUUCAUUGAUGCUUUGUUGACCCCAGCAAUGGCAAAUCCAAAAACUUCCAAGUUCUUCAACGCUGAAGCCAUCGGCAGAUUCAAGGGCUUUGGUGGUGUCCGCAUCGAAAGUGAUUUGCACGUUACGGCAACUGGCUGUAAGAACAUGACUAAGUGUCCCCGAACCAUUGCGGAUAUUGAAGCAGUUAUGGCAGGAGCCCCAUGGCCGCCCAACGAAUAAAGCCUCUGCGAGUGGGGGAGUUCCGAGCUGCUGUUGAACAACUCUCAUGUCUGGAUCAUUGUAAUUUGGGACAAUGAAAUGUCCGCCUGCUGAUGAAAGAUUUUCCAAGAUGAAGAGAUGACCAUAUAGUUUACUAUGACAUGAUUAAAUGACAUGCUGUCUGUGAAUCUGUGAUUUCCUUUCACAAGUGAUUGUUGGCGUUCUGUGUUGUAACUUGUGUUUUAAGGAAAGGUUGCAAUAUAGCCAGAGUCAGAUACUUUAUCCAUUUCAUCUAUCUGUGAUGGCAAGCAAUUAUGGAUACUUUAGUUGACAGCUUGUGAGAAACUGUAAGCUACUGAAGUUAUUAUCGGCACAUGUCCUUCGGUUUAGUCGUUCUUUGGGAUGUUCAUUCAUGUGCGCCAGCAUGUUCGUCGCAUUGGUUGCCUAUUUUGAUUUAACAUUUAAGAGAAGGCACUAGAGGUAGUGUACACAAAGUUUGUUAUGAUUAGCUCUGAUUUGGUUACAAAAUGGAUGACAUCAAGUUCGUGUAAAGCAACUGCUCGAUAAACCGACGACUAAAGGUGGUAUUCCUGCAAUCAAACAUUACAGCUCUCGCAUGGUAAUGCAAGAAAAACUAGUGUAGAGGCAAAAUUAGAUUUGAUCCGCUCCCCAUGAUCUACAUCUAUAUCUUCUCCGAGGAGUCCUAAAGCUCAGACUUGCCAGCUUUGGAAGUCUUCUUCUUUGCUUGUCCAUCCUUCAUUCCUUUCCACCACUGCCGAACUCUAUUUGAGACCCUCUGAGCAUGCUUCUUCAACGUCUCGCCUGUGGAAGCCACUUGUUUGGUGAUCUUUUGCUUCCAAUCACCCUGCUUUGCCUUCUUCUCUUUCUCCCUCAUAAUGUU